AGGGCUACUAAUGUAAUCAUCAGCUGGUGUUGUGCUGGGAGCUGAUGGGAGGGACUUUCACAUCCACAAGGAGGAGUGACGUUUUUUCCCCACAUAAAUACUCAGUGCAGCGCGUCGAGGCGCUCUAAAUGACCCUGUGACUCCUCAUCAGCUUAUUAUAGGGAUGAAUGCGCAACGUUUCCUUCACACCUCCAACCAGUGAGGAAGAUCCUAGAAGUCGCUUUCUGCGCAUCUGGGAAUGGAGAUGGAGAUCUGAUCGCUGCUGAAAUCAAGAAAAUGCCUCAAGAUGAAAAAGUCAAGUGUGAGGUGGUUUCUCUUUCAAGCGACGAGGAGGGGAGUUGAUUCUGACCUGAGAGAAAAGCUCCUGAACACCGCUGGAGACGCGCAUCACAACACCGGAUAGUGGAGAGGAAAAGACGCACUGCAGGAGCGCACCGGACGCCAGCACUCCCUCCUUCAACAUGGAAGGUUACUACAAUUUGUCGUCGACAUCUGAGGAGGUCAGCGAGUCUUCCUCCCAGUCCUACCCCACCCACAACAACACCUCAGACUUUGGGCUGAUGCCCUUCAACGUUGUCACCGCAGUCGUCUACUCCGUCGUCUUCAUCAUGGGUCUUCUGGGUAACACGCUGGUCAUCUACGUGGUGGUGCGCUACACCAAGAUGAAGACUGUGACCAACGUAUACAUCUUCAAUUUAGCCUUGGCGGAUGAACUCUACAUCCUGGGAAUCCCCUUCCUCGGCACCAACAGCGUGCUUUCCUACUGGCCGUAUGGGGAUUUCUUCUGCAAGGUGUGCAUGACUGCUGACGCAAUGAGCCAGUUCUCGUCCACCUUUUGCCUGACGGUGAUGAGCAUCGAUCGCUACCUGGCCGUGGUUCAUCCUAUUCGCAGUGCUAAAUGGCGGAAGCCACAGGUGGCCAAGGUUUUCAACGGCAUGGUGUGGGUCGUGUCCUUUCUGAUUGUGCUGCCGGUCACGAUCUACUCGCAUGUUCAGGAGGAGUUAAACACCUGCAACAUAACCUGGCCUGAGCCGCGUGAGUUGUGGUCCAUUGUCUUCAUCCUCUACACGUCCAUCCUGGGCUUCUUUGGUCCUCUGGUUGUCAUCUGCCUCUGCUACCUGCUCAUCGUCAUCAAGGUGAGGUCAGCAGGUGUGCGUGCGGGCCUGACUAAGCGGCGGAAGUCGGAGCGUAAGGUGACGCGCAUGGUGGUGAUCAUCGUGUUGGUGUUUGUACUUUGCUGGCUGCCCUUCUUCACGACCAACAUCGUCAACCUGAUUCACAUCAUCCCCGAGAACAACACCACCGCUGCGGUCUACUUCUUCCUGGUCAUCCUCACCUACGUCAACUCCUGCGCCAACCCGAUCCUCUACGGCUUCCUCUCCGACAACUUCAGGCAGAGCUUCCAGAAGGUGCUCUGCGUCCACAAACCGAACGGCGUCGGCGCUACGGGCCAGAUGGGAGGCAGACAGACCGUACCCAAGAAUAACCACAAUCCCAUUUUCUCACCCAGAAAUCAGAAUGGGAAAAUUCAGAACAUCCAGCAGCCCGUCCAGGUGGAGGUCAUUGGGAACUUUGACAGUGAGCCUUUAACUUCAAAAACAGAGGUGAACGGCCAGCCAUCGCAAUGAGUUUUCAAUAACAUGGGACUUGGACGAUUCACUCCUGGACCUUUUACUGAUUGGUAUUUCCUGUCGUUAUUGAUGAUCCUCUCUCUCUGACUGGGACAUUUGAGGACAGGACCAGAGGAGCAAAGUAGGAGAGAAAAGACAGCAGUUUGUUCUUCACGUCUUUGUACUGUAACUAGGUUGGCUGCAUCGUACAAAUCAUCAGUUUAUGUGAGGAUGUAAGAUCUCGGUAAAUACAGUCAUGAGACUCUGAAAUGUCGUAUUUACUUUAACUGCAGAGAAAACAAAGACUUUUAUUUUCAAACAGGAUUUCUCUAAUUUCAGUUUUAUAUUUGAUCAUAUUUUAGUAAGAAACUUUGUUUUCUGAUGUGCUUUUGUUUCAUUUGCUGCCGAUGCUUUUCGCUAUUAAUGCAACACUUCAUCUACGUUUACCUGUUAUAUCGAUGAAUUCGGCGUAAUGUACAUUUCACAGCACUAAGACACAUCUGUGCAGGAAAUGUUGCAUCUAUAGUUUCACACCGAAUGACUGGAAUAAAUCAAUAAGUGAGAACAGGAUUUCUGUUAAAUAGGAUUUGGCGGCAUCUAGUGGUGUGGUUGCAGAUUGCAACCAACUGAGUAGCCCUCCGCUCACUCCUCUCUUUCCAAGACUGCGGUAACGUUAGCCACCGAGUGCAAAACCAUAGUAACG